GAGCGCCGUCACACAGUGAGAAGGCACGGACUGACAGUCUAUUAUGUCUGAAAAUGGUCCCUAUUUAGAAAGGCGAUUUCAGAACAGUACAUUUUUGACUGUGGGAUGUUUAUGGACGCGGAAUCCAAGGAGUUAUCUUUUUAUUCACGUGAAUGUAGGACGUGGCGUCUGCGAAUACUCUUAAGUAGCCUAGCUUAAAUUAGGUUAAAAGAAACGUGCAUUUUUUUUAUUUUUUUAUUUUUUGCUCAGACUUGCGAAGACAACAGCGGCAACCUGGACUACUCUAGUGAAACAGGAAUGAUUUAUCCUCCCGAAGGUUUAUUCUACAUCGAAAUGGACCAAGCACCUCCAGCUCUCCCUCCCAGGUCAACAAAGCCACCAUCUUCCACCAUGAACAACAACUGCCUUUCGCCUCCUGCGCAUUCGCUACAGGACGCUGAAUGGUACUGGGGUGACAUAACAAGGGAGGAGGUAAACGAGAAGCUCCGAGACACACCUGAUGGCUCCUUUCUGGUGCGCGAUGCAUCCACAAAGCUGCAGGGAGACUUUACGCUGACAUUAAGAAAAGACGGGCACAACAAGCUGAUCAAGAUUUACCACCGUGACGGGAAGUAUGGCUUCUCAGACCCUCUCACAUUCACGUCGGUGGUGGAGCUCAUUUGGUACUAUCAGCACCAUCCGUUGGUGGAAUAUAAUGCCUCACUGGAUCUGAUGCUUACCCAUCCUGUGUCCCGUUUCCAGCAGGUGAAAGAAGACAGUGUGGAUGUGACUGGAAGAAAGCUUAAGGAGGUCCACAGUCAGUACCAAGAGAAAUCAAAGGAGUUUGAUCGUCUCUACGAAGCCUUCACAAAGACCUCACAGGAGAUCCAGAUGAAGCGCACGGCAAUAGAGGCUUUUAAUGAGACUAUGAUGAUCUUUGAGGAGCAGUGUCGUGAGCAGGAGCGCUACGGAGAGGAGUUUGAGAGAAGCAGUCAUUUGGAGGGAAUUGACAAAGAUUUGGAGAGCUUUCUGAUACACUACGAGAAGCUGAAGUGCCGUCUCGCAGAGAUCUAUGACAGCAAAAUUCAUUUAGAGGAAGACUUGAGGACGCAGGUGGAGGAUUACAGAGAGACGGACAGGAAGAUUAACAACCUGCGGCCAGACCUCAUCCAGCUACGCAUCAUGAGAGACCAGUACCUCAACUGGCUUAAUCACAAAGGCGUACGGCAGAAACGCAUAAAUGAUUGGCUGGGGGUACAUAACGACAGCCUUGAUGAUACGUAUGUGCUAAAGGGAGAUGAGAAGAAUUUGCCACAUCAGGAUGAGACGAGCUGGUUUGUUGGUGAACUGAGUCGGACGCAGGCAGAGGAGAUGCUUCAAGGCAAAGCCCCUGGAACAUUUCUGAUCCGUGAGAGCAGCAAACAGGGAUGUUACGCCUGCUCCGUUGUCGUAAACGAAGAAGUCAAGCAUUGCAUGAUCUACAGCACACCGCACGGAUACGGCUUUGCCGAGCCCUAUGACAUCCACUGUUCACUGAAAGACCUUGUCCUGCACUAUCGCCUGCACUCAUUAGUGCAACACAAUGACGCCCUGGAUGUGCGGCUGUCACAUCCGGUGCACGCCAAAGCUGCAGCCACACCUUCACAACACGCAGAGGAACAACACAAACUGAUACAGACUCCAAAACACACGUCGGGGCUGGCCCCUGCCGCUCCGGAGAUGUAAUCCAGUGGAGACAGACAAAAGGACAUGUUUACUGCGAGAGACUGCAUCAGGGUGCAUUGUAUUUUAAAAAAAUAAAUAAAUAAAUUUUUUUUUUUUUUUUUUUUUUUUUUGCACUACAGUGAUUCCAUCGGUUUUAUGAAUGGGAUUUCACAGAAGUGGGACCGCAACUUGAAUGUCAGCUUGAAUUUUUUUUUUUUUUUUUUUUUUCUUCUUCAAAGAGACUGUUUUAAGCUUUCAGACUUUUUUUCUUUUUUCUUUUUUUUUGUACUUCAUUUAUUGCCAUUUGUUUAACACACCUUUUGGGUAGGGAUGCUGACCACCUGAGAUUUAAUCACUGAUGUCAGGUGCUGCACUUUUUCUUUUUAAGCCAAGAAUUCACAUUGCUAGAGAUGUUUCAAGUUAAACUGUUCAGUUUUUAAAAUUUGACCCAUGUGUUGGAGAUGUAUAUUGGAUUAUUACUACAAAGUGCUUUUGUGGGGGUGGGGUGGGGGAAUGGUGUAAACAUGCCGUUUCCUCCAGGUGGUUCGGAGGGCCAAGUACUUUUUUUGGGAUAAAAUGCCACAUGAAUUUGUGAAAUGUUGCGGUGCAUCUUGGCUACCCCUCUCCCCCACCCCACCCCACCCCACCCUUUUUUUUUUCUUUUUUUUUUUUAAAUAAACUGACAUUCAUAUACAGUGGACAAUUAUGUAGCAUUAACAUCCUGUAGAAUACCAUAGUAAAAGCAUAUACCCAUUGACCAAAACACUAAAUAUUGAGCAGAACUACAUCCCUGUUUAGUCCAGUAAUUGCAUUUGGGCAAGGGUAGGGCAGUUUAUGUACACCUGCUGAUGUGCUGAUCAAAACAUAAUCUGAAGUACUGUAUGUUAUAUUCUGUUACUCAAAGAAGUAUAAGCUUUUUGUAUUCUAUAUAUAUUUUUUCUAUAAACAUGCCACAAGAUGAAAGCUUGAAGAAAGUGCAAUCCAACAGUAUUUCUAUUGUUGCAAUGUAUGAUGACGGUGGUGGUGGUGAAGGUAUUGCUGUUGCAAGAGGUUGAAAUUUGCCACAAAAAUGCACUCUCUUUAGUGGCGCUGGUAUGAUGUGGCCUCCAAUGUUUGUGUGAACUGCCAGAGGUCCGGAAGUAUCCUGCCUCCAUUACUUGAACUGUGGCAUUGCUUGAGCUAUGAAUGUUUUUUCCAUGACAUGCAGCCUACAUAGCUUAAGAGGAAAGGAAUCCAUGUUGAACUUGGCACAUUUUUCGAGUUUGAGGACAAUAGACGCUCUGUACAGAGACACAAUUUAAAAAAAAAAAAAAAAAGUAUUUCUAAAGGUUGCUUUAUGGAAGUAGGUUGUUUAAGCCUCUUAAAAUAAUCGAACUCCACUGGGGGACUGAGGAAAUUCCUCAGGUGACGCUAAGCAAUGUGAGAUCCUGACCUUUUUCUUGCUGAAAGACAAUAAACUGAUGAUGGUUUUGUCAACUAA